CAGAACGCAUACUGAAAGUAGGUUACCUAUUACGGUUGCUCGUCUUAAUCUCGCUCAUGUGAUCUAGAUAGGCUCACAUUGAUUACAUGGUCAUCCUUGGGAAUCAUAUCUGGUCCACUGAAACUCUUGUUUGUGCAUCACGUAUUUAACCAAACUACUUUUCGAAACUGUGCCGAUAUGUCAUGAUUAGACUUCUGUGAUCAGAUGUGAUUCUAUCCAACUUUACCUUCAGUUCAGUGCAUUUCCGUCUUAUGAAGCUUGAAUUCAGGUACCUAUCAAGGUGAUAGCUAUACGUGAUAUGGUAUACCUACAACAUUCCAAGAAAAUAUCUUACUACAACAUAACUAGCCAUGGAGAACGACAUCAUAAUGCUCGAUACCAAUGCAUCCAAGAGUGAAAUUCAGAGAAAUGGACUGAUUUCACACUCGACUAAACAUCAGCGAGCUCAUCAACCGUAUGAGAACUUGAAGACAUCAUCACCCCUCUAUCAGAGACCGGUCCAUAUCCCGGUUCAGAUGGUGUACCCCGCUAUUCAAAAGACCUCAGAGCAGGACAACCGAAACAAGAUCAGUGGUCUCUCCGAUUCGGAUACCAAAGAAGACAGCGCCCCCUACAGCUCUGACAUGGACGACGAUUCUAGGGAAGAGUGUGAGGCAAACGAGGUCGGGGACGGUGCGACGGGAAGACGACCACGCGACUUUGUUCCCGAUGGUACGAAGGACGCAAGAUACUGGGUGAAGCGUAUUAAGAACAAUUUAUCUGCGAAGCGAUCUCGAGAGAAACGUCGUAUGGCAGAUAAUGUCAUGGAGAGUAAAGUGAGCAAGUUAGCACAGGAGAAUGAAGACUUGCGAAGUGAGCUUGCAAACAUUAAACGGUUGGUACAGGAUAACAUUAUCAAAGACACUAAACAGGGAGUUGCCGUUGAUAUGUUGCCGCCCCCACAAGGACCUCAAACACAAUUUGUUGUAGGUGUCUCUCCGCAAUCCCUACCACUUAUCAUCCCAACCUACCACAACCCCCUGUCCAGGUUCCCUACUCCUCAGGAGAUCAUGCUUUUACCACAGUCUGGUUUACCCCAGUCCGGUAUAGCACAACCCGGUUUCCCACAGUCUGGUUUACCACAACCUGGAUUACCACACCACACCAUACACCACCAUGGCGUACCACAACCUCUUUUACCAAAACACGGCCUACAACAGUACAAUUUACAACAGGCAGUUCGAUCCGUGUCGCAUGCUGCUACCUUGUCAAGUGGAUCUUUCCCUCCAUUUAUUGCAUCGUCAAGGAACGUGAACUCUUUUAAUCGUCCUGAGUUAGAAGACCGUUCUAGAUGGCCAACCGCUUACAUACCUAAGCCUGCAGGAAGUGAAUCUACGUCACACUCGAAAACAUUGCAGGAGAGUGCUAUCCAAUCAACAGAUAUAUCCACAGUGGUUGGAAAUGGUGUUACCAAGGCGAGAUCACCGGGAGACAAAUUGUGUCCUGUAUAUGAUGCUGGAAUCCCCUCAGCCAAGGCCUCUGAAAGAACUCGUCCUUUGGUCGAAUCUCCCAUCGCGGAGUCUAAGCCAGUAUCAGCUAUUGAAGAUGUCUGUAAACCAGUAUCGACUUCACCCACUUCAUCUGAGAUAUCCGACACAUCGUCUCUCGCAGAAAUCAACAAGUUGCCACAUAAACUACGCGCCAGGUUUCUACGCUCACUGUGUCAUCAAGAAGAGGUAGGAACCACUGACUCGGAGGUGAACACCCCAGCCAACCAACUAACAAUGAAGGAUGAUCCCAUCCUCAUGAACAUUAAGCGGGAGAAAGAUGAUGAGGUUCCGCACGAAGUUGACAAUAUGGAAAUCGAGUGUACGUCCUCGGUUCCAUUAAGAACCCAAUGGAUCCCGCCUAAAGUUGAAUUCCCUCAGAAUAUGUUGCAUAGUAUUGAAGAAGAACUUGAACAGGCUAGAAACUUGGUGCCCACUCCUAGCCGGACCAUGAAUCGCUCUGAAGCACAGGCUUAUGUUGAGCUUGCCAAAGCGGCGUCAGAACUGGUUGGUGCUCGUCUCCAAACGAAGGAUUUCUCUGCUCCAUCCAUGCGUCAGCUUACUCGUCAACGCACGCGUGAUAUGAACUUUAACGAGAAGUAUCGCGAUAAGCGCGUACGCAAUAAUAUCGCUGCAAAGAAGUGCCGUGACGCAAAACGGUUGCUCAACGAUUAUCGGUCCUCUCGAUCGAAUUUCUUUGAAGUAGAGAACGUAACUCUGAGGAAUGAAGUAGAAGGUCUGACGAAAGACGUAAUGAGACUUCGCGAAUUGGUGCGAAGAAAGCAAUUACCUCUUUAUAAGGUUGCAUGAUAAGACUGUAAAAUAUAGAAAAGGCAAAAAUGAAAAUUAUUAACUUUUGUACCGAUUCUGUUUACAAACCUGUAAAGAACUAGAAAAUCCAUGGCAACGACUUUCUUUUCCUCCAAACGAGUUCUAAUGACGAGUAGACUCACAAUUCUUUGCCUCUAAUCCAAUCUUGUUCGGUAUUCUUUCAAUAUCACUUUCCGUAUUAAAAAGGAGAAUGGUCAUUGACAUAAAGUUGACGAAAGUCAUAAUCCCGGAUCUUUACCAAAAUAUUUUCAAUCUUAUUUGACUUGGCACAUGAACUGUACAUAAUAUUACAUGUAUUGGAGAAGCAUUCUUGGUGAUUUGUAUACAAAUGUUUUGGGGUACAGGGUUGCUGUAUAAAGUGUAAAGUUGUCUUUUGUCUUACAAAACUGUCGAUUUGUAACUUUUCACCAAGUACUAAUAAUGGACGUCUCUUACUGGCAGUAUUGACAUUUCCUAGAAAAACACGAUAAAUAGUACACAACAUUUGGAAACUUAUAUCUUAUAAUUGGAAGUUGUCACUUGUGACUUGUGAUAGUAUCUUUUGCCAAGAUAAUUGACGUCUACCUUCUAAAUUAAACCCAUGGCGAACAGACAGACAUAGUUGGGCACACAUAAUGCUAUCAAAAGGUCAAUUCACGGAGCUCUGAAUAGUUUCCUCCAACAUGCAAUAUGGAGGGAACUAUUUAGAGCUCCAUGGAGUGACCUUUGGUUGCGUAUAAUUGUGUGAUUGCUGCAACUAUCUCUCUAUAAGUACGUCAUGGUUACACUUGGUGCUAUUACGUUCAUGCAACCUAUUCUUGUCUCUUCUCCUGUAUCUGUCUUUCCCUCUCUGUAACACUUCUCUGGUCAAUUUCCACUUUCCUAUUUCAUUUCAUACACCAUUGCUGUAUGAAUAUCCAUGAAAUGUUAUAAAUUUACGGGCUCGUUCACUCAAUCUUUGCUAAUACAAGAACCAAUUUUCUAUUCAGUUGUCCGUAACGGCAGCCCCAUUUUAUAUUUAUGCAUCCGUCUUCGUUAAUCUUCGUUGGCAAUGGGGCGCGUACACCCAUUAACAGAAAUGAUAAGAGUCGGAAUAGGGCCAACAGGUUUCAUGAAAUCAUGUUUCUUGGAACGAUUAUCAUGAGGAAUAUUCGCCUCUCCCCUCCCGACAAUCAUCAAUCAGCCCUUGAUGUAUAUGUAACAAUGAUUUGAUCAUUGGUCGAUGAAAUAUUUCUCUCCCCCCCCCCCCCCCCAAUUUUUUUUUUUUUUUUUUUACCUUUGAUACCAUGUAUUAAUCUUGCUUUAGCUGCAGAGAGGUUCUUUAUUCAUUCUUUGCAUAUUAUGAAUCCACCGAAGUCAUCAUUGUUUUGAACAAGACACAUUGCACCUUGGUAUUCAGUUAUUUUGCUUAUGUUUAUGUGAUAUAAAUUGUUUCCACAGUGUACAGAAAAGGGUACUAUCUAUGAGUUGUACAAAAUAAUGUUAUUAAAUGCACCUACGUUACUAUUUUCG